AUGACUAAAGUUGCACCAUCAGGAAGUGAGUAUGAGGAACAGACAACUCCAUCCGUUGUGGCCAUCAAAGAACCACUCAAUCCAAAGACACAGCCGCGUACUUGCUGCACAGGUAUUAUUCCACUCAAUCUCUUUAUUGUUUCAAUUAUUUCAGUAAUGAUUCUAAGUGGGUGUUUAUUGGUUUGGCUAUCUUCUUAUCUGGUAACAGAGAAGGCAAUUAAUGAUUUGUCGACCAAGCUCAUAAACGAAUCUGGAAGAAAGAUUAUAACCUAUCUAGAUGGUGUUAUGACACCAAUCGCCAAAUUGACCAAAACCAUGGCCAGAGAAUAUACCACAGGUGUUGUGACCAUUCCCAUGUUUAGAAAUUACUUGUUUCCAAAGUUUGUAGAAUUUCGAACUACUGGUUGUGGAUUCUUCUUCAGUGUUCCUCUCCCAUCCAGAUACACCUAUACUAUUAGUGGAACCACGAGUAAUCCAUUUCCAGUUUUUGCCUAUCAACCUUUUGGAUAUGAGGGUAAUAUGUAUCCGUGUUAUCCAGCCAACGCUGGAUUGAAAGGAUUUUGUCAGAUGUAA